GGAAGUCGCAGUCUGUUGCGAUGAGAACAUCCUGCACUGACUGAAUGAACUGAAACUGAUUAUUCGUUCUGAAACUUUCUGUAUGACAAUUUAACACCAUGGCUCCAAAGAAAUACACACUACCCCGUCCACUUCCAGACGGAUGCAUUUUAACAGAUUCAGAAAAGAAAAAUUGGCGCAUCGGCAAAAUCAUUGGAAAAGGUGGUUUUGGACUGAUCUACUUGGCCUCUCAGGAUGUGAAUGUCCCUGUUCAAGAUGACACUGAUUUUGUGAUCAAAGUGGAAUAUCAUGAAAAUGGACCUUUAUUCUCAGAAUUGAAAUUUUACCAACGAGCAGCAAAGCAAGAUACUAUGAACAAAUGGAAGAAGUCUAAACACCAGGAGUUUUUGGGGAUCCCAACUUACUGGGGGUCUGGACUGGCUGAAAAUAACGGGACACGGUACAGGUUUAUGGUUAUGGAUCGGCUGGGCACGGACCUGCAUAAGGUGGUAAUGGAGAAUGGUGGAAAGCUGAGGAAACCCAUCGUGCUACAGUUGGGUGUUCUCAUGCUGGAUGUGCUGGAAUAUAUUCAUGACAAUGAGUACGUCCAUGCUGACAUUAAGGCUGCCAAUCUCUUAUUGGGACACAGAGAUCCAAGCAAGGUGUACUUGGCUGACUAUGGACUGUCAUACAGAUACUGUCCUAAUGGAGAGCAUAAAGAGUACAAAGAGAACCCCAAGAAAGGACACAAUGGCACUAUUGAGUAUACAAGCAUUGAUGCUCACAAAGGAGUAGCCCCAUCCAGACGAGGAGACUUGGAGGUGUUGGGCUACUGCUUGCUUCACUGGCAGUGUGGAACUCUUCCCUGGCUCUCAUCUCUUAGGAACCCAGCUGAGGUCCAGGAGGCCAAGGCCAAGCUGAUGUCCAACCUGCCAGAUUCUGUCCUGAACAUGUCCAUGUCCGGCUCCAGCACGGAAAUAGCCAGGUUCCUGUCCAGCGUGAAAAACCUUGGCUACAAUGAAAAGCCAGACUACCAGGCCUUCAGAAAGAUUCUGUCAGCGGCCGGGCCACUGGGCCCAUUGGACUUCUCCAGGCCAAGAGUGUUCGAGAUGGCCAGGCCAACCACACAAAGGGCUGCAAGCCAACCCAAGACUACCGACAAAAAAACAGCCAGAUCAAAGCAUGUGGUGUCAGCAGAGGAAGAUGAUGAGGAAGAGUUGGGUGGGUCCACACCAAACGAAGUCCGGAGCAAGACCAAACGAGCGACACACAAGCAGAGACCAAACAAAAGUGACAUGGCUGCUAAAAGAAGUGCUAGGCAAAGGUCUAUGCCUAAGGACAGUGAUGAGGACCUCAGUGAUGAAGACGAGCCCGUCCCUCCACGAGUUCAUCCUAGAACAAGAGCAGGAGCACGACACAGACAGGAACAAGAACAAGAAAAGAGGAAUGCGGAUGUUUACAAGGGAAAGACCUGGUUGACCAUGAGGGGGAAAGAAAACCGUCACUAUAAGAACCAGCAAAAACAUACUCGAAAACUAAAUGAUGACUAUGCAGUCCAAUGGGAGGACACUGAUGAUGAUGAUGGAGACCAGUGGGGAAGUGAUGUCUGUGGAUUGGAAGAUGAAUGGGCUCGGUACCAUCACAGAGAUGGCUUUGGAAAGUCAACUAGAUGCCAGAGAAUGUGUAUCUUCCUUCUUGUUACGAUAUUGACUGCUGUUGGUUGUUGGUAUUAUCCUUACUGGAGACGUAACGCCAUAUGACCACUCUGAAUGAACAGACUGUUGUUAAGUGUUUCCAGUGACCGUUUUCACUGUGAUGGGCUGAAAGAAUAUAUAUGAAUGAAUUUAUAAAUUGGCAUGUUUUUUAGCACUAGAAAUGUAACAAUAUUUUAAUUGAUAUUGAAUUGUGAACUUUAAUAAAGUUAUUUUCUUUGCUGUA